AUGGAAGCGGAAGUUGGGCAAGCAUCAAGCACCGAUGAUUCCAGCAGUACAAUUCGUCUCAAACGGCAGAUCUCGCUUUUCAAUGGUUGUGCUAUAAUUAUUGGCGUUAUUGUUGGUUCUGGGAUAUUUGUCAGUCCAAAA